AUGGCUGCAAGGAAAUAUGAAAAACACUUAUCAGUCUUUGGUCGAAAAGUUUUAAAAGCUUUGGUACAACAAAACAUCAAAGAUGAUAUUCUUAACAACAGAAAUCAUUUUAACAGAAGCAGUACUCGUCCACAUUCUUAUACCGAGUCCUCCAACGAAAACAAUGUUGUCGAUUUUAUAAAUUAUAAUUCGAGCAAUGAGUGUGCCAAUCUUCAAAACAGAGAUGAUUCGACCAUUACAAAUACUGUAUCAAUUGAAACACCAUCAAUACCUAAAUCGAAUGAACUUGUUAAAUGUGUAGACGAAGAUGGAAGUCCCCAAAUAGCUCACCCAAAUAUGACUUUGAAUUCAUGCAACAAUGACAUCGUACCUGUUCCGCCUGUUAGCAGUUUAUUAAAAACUGCCGAUGACGAAGUACUUAUCCAGGACAGCAAAUAUUCAGAUCAUGCCGAGGAAGUACCAUGGGAUGAUAUGUUUGAUACUGAAUUAUUAUUGGAUAUUAACAAUACCGAAAAUGAUACUUAUGAAAAUUAUAGAAAGGCAUCGAAACCAUGCGAAACAGAGUUCCCUAUCAAACCGGUGAAUAAUAACAACGACAAAGAAGGCGGAACUAAAAUAUCAAAGAAAAGGGUUAAAAAAUAUCCCGUUGUUUCUGAAGACGGUUUACCAAAAAAGAUUAAAAAAGUUUCGGAAGUCAGCAAAGCAAUUAAACCGAAUUUUCGAAAGCAAAAGUAUUCUAAGACAGUUAAAAAAUGGCUAAAUGAUGUAGAUCCAGCUAAUCCUGUAGAUGAUACAGAGGUGGCAAAAGAUGCCAAUGAAAAUGCCGUAACGGAAAAGAUAAAUUCUUUCGAAAUAACAGCUACAAAGAUCACAGAAGGAAGUAAAAUAAGAAAGAGUGUACAAGCGCAAUUAACGAACAAGAAUGGCAUUAUGAAAUAUUGUAAACCCAAAAAUGUAUACGAAUUAAAUAACGAUGAUAAACGAACAUCAAUAAUAGAAACCAGUACUAAUGAAGAAAAAAGUGUAAAAUCUAAAUUUAUUCCCCCAAUUAAAUCACAAAUUCCUGUUAAAGAGCUCACUUACGAGAUAGCAACGUUUAAAAAUGAACCUUCUUAUGAAUGCUUGGAUUUGUUUGAAUAUAGUGACGAAGAAAUAGCUGUCGGUGGGAGCCUUCUAGACCCCGACAAUCCACCCAAUAACUUUACAGAAUUACAAAAAAUGAUAGGUUACGUGGCAGAGUUCACCAUAGCGACGGAGUGCGGCCUGCAGAAGACGGCCUGGUACCUGGCGCUGUUGCACAACUGUUGGCUGCGACUCCGGCAAUCGCUGCUCGAUCAGGGACUGUGGAAGGUCUUCGUAGAUAUCGAAAUGAGAGUUUUACCCAUCAUUUCAGAGAUGGAGAGAGUGGGAGUGUGCGUCAACAUGGAGAAGCUGAGAGUGAUGGAGCGGUUGUUGUCUGAGCGAAUGAGGGCGGCGGAGCUGGCCUGUCACCGCGCCGCAGGUCGCGUCUUCCAGCUCACCUCCGCGCCUCAGGUCCGCGCCGUCCUCUAUGAUGAGCUGCAGCUCGACUCGCACUGCAACCUCAACAUACGGGAGACCAUCUGCAAGGGAGCUAAAUCAACAUCCGAGACGAUGCUUCGAAGUUUAAUGAACAAACACCCGCUGCCCAAACUGAUCCUGGAGUACCGACAUCUGCACAAGGCGCACAGCACCUUUAUACUGGGGAUAGCGCAGUGUGUGCGCGAUGGAGUUGUCACACCUGUGUGGGAGCAGAACGCGGCGGCCACUGGCAGGAUCGCCUGCAACACUCCCAACCUGCAGGCCGUGCCCAAAACACCAUUCAGCCUCACUUUGUUUCCAGAGGACGGCGCCGGACACGCCCUGAAGCUGCGGUCGGUGUACGAGAGCCGCGCGGGCUGGCGGCUGCUGGCGGCGGACUUCCGCCAGGUGGAGUGUCGCGUGCUGGCGCUGGCGGCCGGCGACACCGCGCUGCUGGCAGCCCUGCGCAGUCCCGACCUCUUCACCAUGCUCGCCGCCACCUGGCUCGGCAAGGAGGAGGCGGAGGUGAGCGACGAGGAGCGCGACCGCACGAAGCACGUCGUGUACGCCAGCAUGUACGGCGCCGGCCCCAACAAGCUCGCGGACGUGCUCGGCCUCGGCUACGAGCGCGCGCUCGAGGUCGCCGCCGGCUUCAACCGGGCGUUCCCGUCGCUGAAGAGGUUCGGGCGCGAGGUGGUGGCGCGGUGCGAGCGGGACGGCACGCUGCGCACGCCGUGCGGCAGAGCGAGACACUUCCGGGACAUCGCGAGCCCGCACGCCGCCAGCAGGGCGAGCGCCGAGAGGAAAGCCAUCAACUUUGUCAUACAAGGGUCGGCGGCGGACGUGUGCAAGAUGGCGAUGGUGUCGAGUGUGUGUGCGCUGGCGGGGCGGUCGCCGGCGCUGCGGGCGCGCCUGCUGCUGCAGAUACACGACGAGCUGGUGUGGGAGGUGCGCCAGGAGCACCUGCACCAGGCCGCCGGUACGCAUUCGCAUACUCGAUGAUCGCACAGGUCACCGGUUAUUUUUUAUAGUCA